AUGGAUUUACCAAGGAUAGAUAUAAUAAAGGAGUUAUUGGAUCAGAUCAAUCAGUUAUAUGACGAUCAUAGGAUUGCACAGGCUGCAAAGAAGUUGCGUGAUCUCGACUUGGUUGUAAAGUCAGAGCUCGAUAACACCGAUGACAACUCACCACAGAUCAAACAAUUGCUGGACGACCAGUACACCACCUGUAAACGAUUCGAUCGUCUACGUCAAGAGUCUGAAGAGUGUAACAACCUUCUAAGAAUGCUUGAGAACACUGACAACUGGACAGACAUAAGUAACUCUGAUGGCAUACAAACAUUCUAUAAGGAUAAUGGUGGUGGCAUGCAUAGUAUAAGGAUGGAGGGCAUUGUGGACUCGUCACUCUUUGAUAUUUGUAGCACAGUGUUGGAGGUGGACUUGUAUCAUAGUUGGAUACCACGACUGAAGGAUGCAACACAGUUGGCAGACGACUCACGAUUCCGCAAGGCAAUCUACUGUAGGGUGUCCUGUCCGUGGCCGGUGGACGACCGCGACAUUGUGGUCUACGGCUACGGCAUCGACCUGCUGGAGGAGAGUAACAAGGUGGUGGUGUUUGCACGAUCGUUUGAGGACGGUGACUUUGAGGGCGUGGACCUGCCCGACGUGCCCACCAAGACGGUUCGCGUCGACACCAAGAUCAGUGGAUUCGUCAUGCAGCCCAUCUCGCCAACACAGACCUUUGUGCAGGUGGUCUCGCUCACCGAUCCAAAGAUGGCAUUCAUACCAUACUGGCUACUCAACUUUAUCACCAACCAAUUUGCUCACUACCUGUUUGUCAGUCUUCGUCGACAGACCAAGUCAGUGGCAUCGAGUCCCGUCUACCAAGAACGAAUCAAGACCAACCCAUUAUACAAUGAGCUCAAAGACAAGUGGCUAUCAUCACAACACAAGCUGAAAGAAUAG